AUGUUUUCAAUUGCUAAUUCAAUUGGAAGAGGUGCAUAUGGAGAGGUGUUUCAAGGAAUGAAUGCUGAUAGUGGAGAAUUUGUUGCAAUUAAACAAAUGAAAGUAAAUAAAAAAUCUGUAAUGAAAGAAGUUAUGGAAGAAAUUAGAUUACUUAAAAAAUUAAAACAUAAACAUAUUGUUAGAUAUAUUGCAUCAACAGAAAGUCAUGGAUUUCUUUAUAUUAUAAUGGAAUAUAUGGAAAGUGGUUCAUUAUUAAAUAUUGUAAAGAAAUUUAAUCACUUAAAUGAAAGUUUAUCAGCAAAGUAUAUUCAUCAAGUAUUAGAUGGAUUAGCAUUUAUUCAUGAUCAAGGUAUUGUACAUAGAGAUAUUAAAGCAGCUAAUAUUCUUGUAGCUAAAGAUGGAAGUGUAAAAAUUGCAGACUUUGGAGUUAGUGUUCAAAUGAAUGGAAAUGAAAAACAAGAAACUGGAAGUGAUGAAGACCCAAUUGGAACACCAAAUUGGAUGGCACCUGAAGUUAUUCAAAUGCAAGGAACUACAGUUAAAGCAGAUAUAUGGGCAUUAGGAUGUACUGUUAUUGAAUUGAUAACAGGAAAUCCACCAUAUUAUGAUUUAAAUCCAACAGCAGCAUUAUAUAAAAUAGUUAAUGAUGACUAUCCACCAUUUCCUAAUACUGUAUCACCACAAUUAAGAGAAAUUUUAUUUUCAUGUUUUAAAAGAGAUCCAAAUCAACGAGCAUCAUCUAGAGAUUUAUUAAAACAUAAAUGGUUUAUUACAAAUGGAAUUAAGAUAGAAGAAAGCAAAAAACCAACUUUUAUUAAAGCACUUUCAACUAACAAUAUAAAAGUUAAUUUAACAAAAAAACAACAAAAUGAAAAUGAGGAUUGGGCAGAAGGUUUUAUUGUAAAACAACAAAGAAUGAGAGAAGUAAGAACAUUUACAGCAAGAAAAAGUACAGAAGAUGAUUGGGGAGAAUAUUUUAUAAUACCAAAUGAAGGGAUUAAUAUUGGGAAAAUUAAUGAAAACAAUACUGAUAAUGAAUAUAAAAGUAUUUGUUUAGAAGAUAUUGAUUUAUUAGAAAGUGAAGAUGAUGAAAGAAAAGAAGAGUUUAUUAAACAAAUGAAAGAAAUAGGUAAAAUGAUUGAAAUAGGAAGUAAAGAUAAUAAUAAUAAAAUAUUUCAAAUACUUCUUCAAUUACAUAAUAUAGUAUUAAAUAUAAAUUUAAAACAAUUACAAGCGUGUAUUCAUAUUAUUGGAUUAUUUCCAUUAUUUGCUAUUUUAGAAAAAGAAGAAUAUAGUGGAUGUUUACAAUUGAGAUUAACAUCAUUACAAAUAAUUAAUACAAUAUUAGCCAAAGAUAAUACAAGUAAAAUGAAUAUUGUAAUGUCAGGGUGUGCUACAAUAGUAAAAUUUGGAAUAACACAUUAUAAAUCAAAUGAUUUAUAUCUUAAUGAAAUAGUUAAAUUUAUUAAAUGUAUUAUAAAUAAUGAAACAAAUAAAAAUGAAUUACAACAAAUGUUCAUAACAAGUGGUGGGUUAGAAUUAAUUUAUUUAAUAUUGACAAUGAAAUAUGAUGAUAAACAUAAAGGAAAUAUGAAUGUAGUAUUAGAAAUUGUUAAUAGAAUUGUUCAAUCACAAAGAGAUAUUAAAACAAGAAUGGAGUUUUGUUCACGUAAUAUUACUACAAUGAUAUUUAUUCAAUACAAAUUAAUUGAUGGAUUACUAGAAUUUAUAUGUCAAACAUUCUCAUUAAAACAAUAUACACCAGCAUUAAAAGCUAUUACAAUUAUUAUAUUAAUUAUUGACUCUAUUAUGAGAAAUGAUACUCAAAUAAAAUUCAUUGUUUGUCAAAGAAUUAUAUCAACUGACUUAAUUGGAAUAUUAUCAAGAACAAUGGACACUUCAAUUAAUAGUAAAUUAAAUGAAUUUAUACAAGAAGAUGUAUUAUUUAAUGUAUGUAAAUUAUGUAAAUUAUUAAUAAGUGAUACAGAAAAAGAAAUUAUUUAUGGAUUAUUUAAUACUAAAUUAAUUUUCUUUAUUGUUAAAGUUUUAUUAAGAUGUGAUUCAUUAGAUAAAGAAUUAAAAAAUUGUUGUUUAAUUAAUAUGAUGAAAAAUGGAUUAAUUAAUAAUGUUAUACAAUGUUUAAAUAUUCUUUGUACAUCAUCAAUAAUAGGACCUAAAGUAUGUCUUGAAUUAUCUUCAAUACCAAAUAUUUUUCUAUUACUUAAAAGUUAUUGUGAUAAAGGAAAAUCAAAUUUUGUUAUGGUAGAAGAAGAUUGUUUAAAUAUUAUAUUAACAAUUGCAGGUUCAAUUACAAAACAACAAAGUUCAAGUGAUUUUAUCCUUCAUAAUGCAUUAGAGUUUUUAUUAGAAUAUUGUUCUAAAAAAGGAAUUGUUGCACAUUUGUUUAGUGCUUUUAGCGCUUUAUAUCAAGCACGUCCUAAAAAAGGUUUAAAAAUAUUAGGUGACGUUAAAAGUAUUGUAUUAAUUUGUAAUAUAUUUAAUCUUUCUAAUUAUAAUGAUGGGAUGUGUUGUUCAGAAUUAAAAGAAUUUUGUGCCAUUAUUAAUGAACAUGAAGAAUUAAUAAAAUUAUACUCAGAGUCUACCUUUGUUUAUGGAACUGCAUCUUUAUUAAGACAAGUCGUAAAUAUUGAAGCAAAAAAAUAUUUUGCUGUAUUAAUGAAAUCAUUAUUAUUAAAUAAUACUCAUUUAUAUAAUUUAAUAAUGAAAGAUAAAAUCAUCAUUUAUUUAAAUGAAACUUAUACUGAAUGUAUGGAAAAUGGUAAAGAAGUGGUUGGUAAAAUUGUUGAAGAAUGUUUAAGUUUUGUAAUGAAUGCAAAUCCUAAACGUAUAAGUAAAAAAGAAGAACAAAAAAUUAUUGAAAAAUUAAAGAAAGAAGAAGAACUAAAACAAAAGUUAAAGAAAGAAAAUGAUAAAUUUUUACAUCAAAAAAAAGAAAAUAGAAAAGUAGUGUCAUUUGGUAAACCUGGUUCUAAUCAAAUGUUAGAGAAAGCGUUAUCUGGAGAGUUUAUAGAAGAAAGUAAACAAAAAAGAUCAGCUUCUUUUACUCCUACUCAAAAGGAUAAAAAUGAAGACUUACACCUAAGUUUUCCUGUUAAAGCAAUUCCUCAUCUUGCUUCUCAUUCUCAACCUUCAACUCCAUCUCAAAAAUCUUCUAGAAAAUUAUUUUCUUUCGGUAAAAAAGAAGAAAAAUACUAA